AUGGGCGCGGUCGACCCGACGUAUCCUCUACUCCCUAUAGCGAGUGUUAUCACCUCUCUGCUUCUUCUUCUGGUAUUGUUCUCCAGCUUUGCCCGACAGAGUUGGAACCUCGGCGUCACCUUUCUCUGCUUUUGGCUCUUCUUCGAAAAUAUCGCCUGGACCAUCAAUGCCAUCAUAUGGUCCGAUAAUGCUGAUAUCAAGUUGUAUGUGUAUUGCGAUAUCGUCUCGCACCUGCAGAUCCUCACUUCUGUCGUGAAGCCAAUGUCGUCGCUCCUGAUCAUGCGCCGCUUGUACUUGAUCGCCAACUCACAAGCGGUGGAGAGUCCAACCGACGCGAUGAGACGAAAGGACAGGCUCAUCGAAUGGACUAUCGGAUUAGUUAUACCUGUGCUAGUGGCAGGCCCAAUCUACUACGUAAUACAGGGUUCCCGCUUUGCGGUAAGCGAGGGAUUUGGGUGUGGAGGUGCGAUGAUAGGCGCUCUCAAGAUCGUACUCAUACAGCCGUGGCUUAUCCUCCCCCCUCUUCUCGCUUUAACCGUCUAUUAUCCGCGGGUUGUCAGGAUCCUCUAUCGACAACACACAGAACUCAACCGGUUUCUGCAAACCAACCAGUCGAUCUCCCGUUCAUGUUAUCUGCGUGUUCUGGCUCUCGCUAGCGUUGACAUCAUUUUCUCUCUAUCUCUCAACACUACCGGCUUCGUCCUUUACCUGCUGCCUUACAUCGGAUCAGAUCAGCCAGAUUCAUUCUACCCGGGAUGGGAUAGCGCUCAUUCCGAUUGGAGCCCAAAGAGCCAUGCAUAUGCGGGAUUAGGGACUGAGAAGGCGUUGCUGUUUUUCACUCGAUGGACGACCCCCAUAUUCGCCAUUGUUAUCUUUGGCCUUUUCGGUCUCACACAGGGUGCCCGUGCAUCUUAUCGGGAAGCGUUCUGGACCGUGAACGAAUGGCUCAGGCAGCUACCCUACAACCUCGUGUUCUUCCGACGCCUUCGUAAUAAGCGGAUGCGGGAGGUCAAGAGACUCAGCAUAGAAUCCGGCUCAAGCGAUAUCGAUAUGUCGACCUCUUCGCACGGCCUGACCGUGGAUAAGCGUCAUUCAAACAGCGACUGGACCGUCGCCGGCGACAUCGAGCAUUCUUAA